AUGAAGCUCUCUUCCAUCUUCUGUGUUGGCCUGCUGCUAGGCUCCUCUUCAGCAGUCCCUACCAGAGAUCACAGCAUUGAAACCCGCUCCAACAACUAUGGGGCGGGGGUUGGCAAACACGGUGAUACCAGGGACUUCAAGCACAAGUGUCCCUUCACCGUCAAACCGGUACCCGUCCACUGGAAGCCCGUCCAUCACGACAUCCCCUGGUCUCAGGGCUGCCGCGACGAUGGUAAAUUCAUCAACUGGAGGACAUUCAAGGCCAACGGUGCCAACCUCGGAGGGUGGCUUGCCAAGGAGAGGACGCACGAUCCGAUCUGGUGGACAUCUCUUGGCAGCGUCGCCGCCGCAACCCCAGAUGAGUGGAACCUGUGCCAAGCUCUUGGCAAGAGCUGCGGUCCCAUCCUGGAAGAGCGUUACAAAUCGUUCCUGAACACCUCUACCAUCGAUACGCUCGCAAGCAUCGGAAUCAACACUCUGCGCAUUACCACGACCUAUGCUGCGUGGGUCAAUGUUCCUGGAUCAGCCUUCUAUCACGGAAACCAGCAAGCCCACCUCCGGAAGAUCACCAACUACGCCAUCAAGAAGUACAAGAUGCACAUCAUCAUUGGCCUCCACUCGCUUCCCGGUGGCAUCAACAACCUCGACAUUGGCGAGGCUCUCUUCCACGAUGCAUGGUUCUACAAUACCACAAACCUAGACUACAGCUUGACGGCUGUUGAUAAGGUUCUCAAAUUCAUCGAAAAUAGCGGUCAUAUGAAUGCAUUCACUAUCGCUCCCAUCAACGAGGCCAGUGACAAUUUGGCUGCUUUCGGUUCUGCCGAUGGUCUCUCUGAGAAGGCUGCCGCCUGGAUCAUGAAGUAUAUGGACGGCGUAUUGACCAGGGUCGUUGCUGUUGACAAGCGCAUUCCUGUGAUGCUGCAGGAUAGCUUCAAGGGAGCUUCUUAUUGGUCGCCUCUGUUCGAUGCCAACACGAACCUGGUUAUCGACUCCCAUGUCUACUUCUUCGCCGCUGCUGGUACUUACUCCCAGUACGUCUCACCUGCGAUUUGCGGUCAGGCCUCAUACCUCGGGGAGGAGACCAAGUUCCCUGUCUUCAUCGGCGAGUGGUCCCUUCAAACCAUGUACAAUAACACUCUGAAUGUCACCAAGCGCAAGAGCAUCUUUGAUACGCAGCGGUAUGCUUGGCAGAAGCAUGUCAGUGGAGGCGCCUUCUGGACUGCUGUGUCCUAUUCCAACACGGCUGUUGAUGGGGAAGGUGUUCAGCGGGAUUUCUGGAGUCUUGUCGAUCUGAUCAAAGCUGGUGUCGCCACUAAGGCCACUAGUUACAGUUACUGUUAA